CCGUUAAAAACCCACGGUAACAUUUUACCAGACACAGUAAAUUCUGUAAAUGAUGUAUUAACAUGUUCUUGACUGCAUCUCGUUCUGAUCAUUUUGCAAUUAUUUCUGGUUAAAUUUGUGUUACGCUAACGUCGCCAAUUGGAAGUUGAACCUGCCCCCGUUUUUUCUUUUUCUUUUUUUCUUUUUCUUGUUUUUGACGAGCGUUUCCUCUUUUUGCUUUAACCACAUGCUGAUACUACACAACACGCAUCGGCAUUUCACAGGCUCCAUCUGAACAGACGUGCCACAUCUCCACAGCGUGCUGUAAACCUUUAAAACCUCCAGCCUUUUUACGCAGUUGCUUCACACACAACAUCAGAAGAAGAACAACAACAACUCAGGAUUUGUCGAAUCUGAACAAUACCACGGAGGAAAAGGGGUGGACUAAUUACGCAUUUUCCAUGAUUACUCCUUGGAUUUGUGACUAAUGGCUUACUGUACAUAGUAGGAGUCACGGCUUGAAUAGUUUAAUCGUCCCUUUUCGAAAUCAGACACUGAGGGUGUGUCUGGUCUGGCUCCCUGCUACUACUACGGCAUGCAGGAUGGGCCAAACUCGCUCGGAUCUAUCGCAUAGCACCACCACCACCACCACCACCUCCCCAGGCAGACCAAAAUGGAAAGCGGGCGAGACGGCAAAGCGGCGCAUUCGUAUCAGCAGAUUUAGGAGCGGGGAGAAGCAGCGAAACGACCAGUUCAACAGGAAUCCGAUGAAAAAUAAAGUUCUGUCGUGUCUGGGAAGGAGAAAGAGAGACUCCAGCCAAAGUGAAGCAGGGUUAGGUAGCGGAAACGCAGCCGGAGAUCCAGCAACGCACCGCGGCCACAGGGUAGGAAAGUUACCGAGGGACGAGGUUGUCUCGUCGGCGGGGGAACACCGAGCAGCCCCGGGUUGUUUUGAGACACCGUCCGGCCUAAAUGGCAAUGGCAACGCUAGUCAGCGCGCAGUGAACCGAGAGGCAGCGGCUGGCUCGUCCCAUGCGUCAGGCUUGGAAACACGGACCGGUGAAGUCAGUGGUGCGGGCUGCGAGGAGCCGAAACCCGUGCGAGAGGACAAUGCCUCGGACCCCCCGACGAGGGCCAUGGAAGAUCAGCCACUGGGGGGAAACAACCAGGAUCUCAUUGUGUCUGGGGUUAGGGAACUGACUGGUGUGAGCUCAGCUCAGUUACUCUCCUCUCAACCUGAGCGGACUUUGACCCCGGAUCAACAUUUGGAUGCUGGACUGUCGACAACGGACCAUCACGUUGAGGAUAAAAUGACAAAAACUGACUGUAGUAGUGUUUCAUGUCCGCCCAAGGGGGCCGGCGACCAAAACAACAGUGGCCUGGUUGAACCCGAGAACCAAAAGGACUCUGAUGAGACCCACCAGAGUCCAGCGGGAGGCCAAAGUUUUCCAGGAACUAUACCAAAGCUCAUCAUAACCAGAGACCCCAGCCCGAGUCGCUCUCCGGGGUCACCGGGUCUGCUGACCGUGCGCACGGAGCUCGGCACCGGCUCCUGUCUGGAUCCCCACCCGGACGACGAGUCCCCCUGCUCGGACAGCGGCUGCGGAGGGUCCCCGGCUCUGAUGCGCUCCCUCAGGAAGCUGUCCAACUCGUCCUCCAUAUGUCUGUCCUCCGCCUCGUCCUUCGAAGAGUCCGAGGACGACUUCACAGGCAGCGACAUCGAGUCCAGCCUGUCUCCGGCUCGGUCUCUUUACAGCCCGGACGAUGGGACAGGGAAUAAGUCUUGGCAGAAGUUGAAGACCAUGGUUCACUGUUCCCCAUUUCUUGUGUCCUUCAAGAAGUGUUACCCAUGGGUGCAGCUUGCUGGCCAUGCAGGUAACUUCCAGGCCGGGGAGUACGGACGCUUGUUGAAGCGAUUCUGCGAGUGCGAGCAGCAGUGUCUACAGAAGCUGAUGAAGGACACGCUGCGACCCUACGUGCCUGGAUAUUUCGGUGUAGUGCAGAAGGGCGAGCAGGACUACAACCUCAUGGAGGACCUGCUGGCUGACUUCGACUCUCCCUCGAUCAUGGACUGCAAAAUGGGCAGCAGGACAUACUUGGAGGAGGAACUGAUAAAAGCCAGAGAGCGUCCACGUUUGCGGAAGGACAUGUACGAGAAGAUGGUAGCGGUGGACCCCGGGGCCCCGACAGAGGAGGAGCGGGCUCAGCAGGGCGUCCUCAAGCCGCGGUACAUGCAGUGGAGGGAAACGCUGAGCUCCACCGCCACAAUGGGCUUUCGCAUCGAAGGCAUUAAGAAAGCCGAUGGCACGUGUAACACCAACUUUAAAAAGACAAAGCACAGAGAGCAGGUGAUGCAGGCCUUGGAGGACUUCGUCAAUGGCAACAUUCAGAUUCUGAAACUCUACCUGCAGCAGCUGGAGGAACUCCGCUCAGCCCUCGAGCAGUCGCAUUUCUUCAGGACACACGAGGUCGUGGGGAGCUCUCUUCUGUUUGUGCACGACGCCUCGGGAAAGGCCCGAGUGUGGAUGAUUGACUUUGGAAAGACGGUCCCCCUGACGGCCCCUCAGACCCUGGACCACCGGACGCCGUGGGUGGAGGGCAACAGGGAGGACGGCUACCUAUGGGGACUAGACAACCUCAUAGAAAUCCUCAGCAGCAUGCUCCCGCACACGCCUUGAGAGGGAGACGUGACUCCGAGGACUGGAGGGGGGAAAAACUUUUGGGUGUCCAGGCGGUGGUAGAGAGAAGAGGAGGUUGUACAGAGGCGGACAGGGGAGGCCGCCUGUUUGAUGAGUUUUUAAAGACCUUCUGCUUAAUCCAAGUGUCUUUAAGAAAGGGAGGUUGAACACGCCCUUUGAAAAGUGGACUAAACCAGCUGUAUGUGCAGAGCAGAUGAGGUGAAUUUAAUGCACAGUUGUCUCUGGGCUGUGGCCCGUCUUCCUCUUUUUUCCUGCAAAGACAUGCAUGCGUCCUCCUUCUCAACAGCUCCCUCCUUUGGUUAGAGGUUCACAUAGCCUCACACCCAUGAACUUGAUCCAGAGGAAACUUUUUUUUUUUUUUUUUUUUUUUUACUCAGCCUUCCAGGAUCUUAAGGAAAUGGGAGUUGUUUUUUUGUUUCAUUUUUUUCAUGGACCAUUUCCGAUGUUAUAACACAACACUAAAAAAAAAAAAAAAACACUGGUCUGACCACGUGUUAACUAACUCAGUGUGUAAAUACAGUCUUAAUUUAAUUAUUAUAUUUUUUUUGGCCUUGGUAUAACCUCCUUACCUUGUUUGUACAAUUUCCGUGCCUAGCAUUUUACACACAGAGCUGUUUGAUCAUUCCAGUGAAGUGGACUCCUGCUACCUUUCUCUCCAAAGAGUUCACCCAAGUACAAAACGAUUUACACUUAAUCCCAAAGUUUUGACUUCUAGUAGAAUCUCCAAAGUGUUUUCUUAAUUAGGGUUUUGUAUGAUAAUGCAGUGAAGUGUUUGUUAUUUUUCUCAUUUGACUGUACAGUACGCAGCUUGGGAGCCAUGUUUGUCUGGAAUAUGUUGCACUAUGGAUCCUCACAAAGCCAUUGAACAAAACGAGCGGUGCCUCUGUGGGUCUUAAGACAGGAAGCAGCGGCGUAGUCCUGGGUUUACAGUUCAAUGUGAAAUGCUCGCGUCUCUCUGAUCCGUGCAGCUCGGGCGAGUUUUACAGCAGAGCAGUGGCUUGAAGGCUAAACUGAAACUGGAAUUGCCUGAUUAAAACUGAUCGGUCCGUUUAGACUUCUGCGAGUUUUUACGCGUGAUCCUGAAACUGGAAAACCUGAAUGUGACUUAACGAUUUAAAGGUUAAUUGCUGUAAACCUCAUUUGGCUACACUAAACCUGAGCUUUGAAGUUUUUGUAUGCAACACUGAGUUUACAAAGAAAACGGCACAGUCGUAUUUAGAUAUCGAGGCGGCGCUUGUUCGUGAGCAUAUCUGUCAUUCCUUGACUGGAAUGCAGCAGGUUGGUGAACAUUAACAGUGUUCAGUCUUCCAGAUGUCCUUUGACAGUGUCAUGCAACACUGUUUGAGGUGGGCAUAGGCUGGUUCACUCAGCACACACAGUUCCUCCAUGAGUGCUGCACUUCAUGAAAUUGGGAUUUAAAUUUAGGAUUUUCUUCUCAUCUCUGCAGAGCAAAACAUACCAGGACACAGGAAUAAAAUAGUGUUUACAAAGUAUUAUAAUCCACAGAUUCUCUUGUUGUCAAACUAUCAGGUCUUCUAACUGGGUGCUGCUUUACGAGCACAAAAACUGGAUGGGUAACCACAUUUUGUAUUUUUGAGUCGGCGUGUUUUACUGUGAUAAAACGCAAACUGGUGGAAAUUGUUAAUAAAUCCCUGCUUUGUGGAGAAGGUCGUGGAUUGCAAUAAACUGAAAAUAAGAGUCUUCA